CUCAAUUUUCACUCGAAAUGAAAAUUUGUGUACUUGGGAGUCCAUGAUGAUUAAAUAAACUAAGAUUUCACCAUGACUGCAAUUUUAGAGAGAUGCGAAAGCGAAAGCCUAUGGGGUUGCUUCUAUCCCUAGACAUUCCAACUAGAUGGAAUUCUUUGUACUUAAUGUUAGAAGUUGCUGAAAAGUAUGAGCUUGCAUUCGAUAGGGUUGAUGUUGAGGUUGAGGAGAAGAAGCAGUAUGGAUUGGAUCUCUCAAAUGGAAUCAAUGGCACUGCUCAGGAGGAGGAUGAUGAUGCUGCUGCUGCCGACGGCUCUUACGUUUUUGUUAGCGGCAAGGAUGCGGUUGAAGGCGGCGAUCCGGUUGAGGCGGAUCACGAAGCCAAUGGGAAUGGGACUAGGGAGUUGGAAAUAGUCAAUGGUGACCAAAUUGAUGGUAGUGGUGGUGGGGAUCUUACUGUUCCUAUUAAGGAUCGAAACGGUGAGCCGUUUGUUUCCCAAUCUGAUGAUCACCGCCAUCCUGAUAAUGGAAUUAUGACUCAGAAUGGCGAAUCAUCGAUUCCCGAGGAUGUUGUGGCACAGAAUAUUGUAGUGAAAGGGAGUCAUGAGCCUGAAUUUGAAGUUUUGGGUGUUGGGGAUCGAGACCUUCAGGGGCAAGUCAAAUCAAAUUUGGGUUUAGGAUUAGAAGAAAAUAACGAAUCUCAGAUUGGGGUUGAGCAGCAGGCCCCGGUGGCGCAGCAGCAGCAACAGGCUCCGGUGGCGGUAGCAGCAGCAGUAGCAGGCUCCGGUGGCGAUAGCAGCAGCAACAGAUGGGUCUGGUGGUGGCAGUCGGCAGCAGCAGCAGCAGAGCAGAUGGCUUUGGCUGAACAACAGCAGCAGCAGCAGAUGGGUCCGGUGGUGGCAACAGCAGAUGGUCCGGCAGCAACAGCAGCAACAGCAGCAACAACAGGGAAACUGAAGGUUAAAUUUAAUUGGAUGGGGAUCCCCGCGGGGCCCCACGGGGCGGGGAAAAUUUCGCGGGGAGAAAAUGAUCCCCGUCCUCGCCCCGCGGGGAGGAAUAUUCCUCCUCGCCCCAUCCCCGUGGCGGGGAUCCCCGCGGGGCCCCGCAGGGAACGGGGAGAAUUGCCAUCCCUAAUUGAAGAGGACAAUCCAAAGCUAAACAUUUUAGCUUGGUGGAAGCUGAACUCACCUAGGUUUCCUGUUCUUAGUGCAAUGGCUAAGGAUGUAUUAGCUGUGCCAAUAUCAAUUGUGGCCUCGGAGUCUUGUUUUAGCACCAAUGGUCGUGUGCCUAAUGCUUUUAGAAGCUCUUUAACACCAAGAAUAGUUCAGGCUUUAAUUUGUGCUCAAGAUUGGUUGAAGCCUAAGGGAAAUCUUGUAUUUGAUGAGGAAGAUUUAGACAACUUAUUAAAUAUUGAACAAUGUGUUGAGAAGCUUGGUUUGGAGGCAACUUUUUUGCGAUGUUAGCAUGAACAGGUUUGUUAAGUUAUUUUUAGAUUAGCUUAAUUUCCAAUUAUAUAUUCUAUUUUAUGUUGUAGCAUUUGAAUUUUGACAUUUGCCUUUUGAAUAAUGUUUAUAAACAGAUUCUAUUUUUGGACAGUGGAAGCUUGGGAGGAAAGACAAAAAAAUGUGGAUAUUGGCUAACUUUAUUGUGCAAACUGUUAAGUGCUGACUUUUUAGUUUAAGUUAGAUAAUGACUUCUUUUGGAAUAAUAUUUUGCAAUAUUUAGAUAUUUGCAUAGAUAUUAGAUAGUUUGGUUGGUGCUUGUGGUUAACUGCUAACAUUUUUUGAAUCUUUUUAUCUUUUAUCUUUUGAUAUCAUGUAAGUAUAGCAGCAGUUGAGUCUAGUGAUCUUUUGUUCUAACAAAGUAACAAGUACUUUGAAUAUGUACUCUAUAAGAUAGUAUAUUUUUGGUGUAGCACUAGCACCAACCAAGUUAAUGAAAAAUGAAAUUGAAUGAAUGAUCCAUCAUAGAUUGUUUAUUAUAAAUUUAUAGUGCUUAUGUGUUUGUCAUUUGUCAUGCUCUAUUUGUAUCCAUGGGAAGGAAAAGAGAGAAGUAUUUAAUAUAAUAAUUGAAAUUCUUGAGGAAGGGUUUGUUGUCUUGUUGAGUAUUAUGUGUUUAUCGUCUCGAAAUUGGAUAUUUUGUGUUGCAUUGGUUUCCUCUAAUUGUUUUGACUGCUCUAAUAUUUUUUUUUUGUUGUCUUGUUGAGCUUUAUGUGCAUAUUAUCUAUAGAAAUUGUAUAUUCUAUUUUGUUUGUGUGCUGUAAUUGACAUGGUUUGUUUCUAAUUUAACUGUUGAUUUUGGGUUUAUCAAGUGUUGGUGUAUUUGGUUUCUUAGAAUAUGUGCCUUCUAUUAUAAAUUAAUUUUGAAGUU